AUGGGGUGCAUUGGCUAUAUAAACUCAGCAUCGUAAAAUUUACCUGACUAAUGUUUCUGGGGUUUUAAAGUUAGGAGGCACUUAAUUCUCGCGAGCAGCAUUGUUAUAAUCUUAUUAAGCAUGUACUUAAAUUUUUAGUGAUAUAUGUGCAACUUAAUAUAUUUAACAAUUUACAUCAACAUAUCUCAAUUUUUACCCUGCGCCAACUGAAUUUCCGCUUCCAUCGUUUACAAAGCUUUAAGUCAUGCAAGCCCCUUCCGAUGACGACUUGGUGAAAGAAUAUGAAGAGAAUCGUCGCAAGUUCGAAAAUGAAGAAUCAGAAAAAUCCAAGUUUGAAAAGCAAAGUAAAUUAAUCACAAGUUCGCUGAAGCAUAAUCUCCUUCAAAUCAGAAAAGGCCUCGCGACACCGUCCUCCUUGUACGACUAUCAAAUCGAUGCUGUCCUUAAGACGGCCGACUUUUUCGCAAGAAGUAAACCCGUUCCGUCCGAAGCCCCUGACAUGGCUUUGAUCGUGGCGCCACCUGGAUCCGGAAAAUCUGGUAUGGUCACCCUCCUCCCGUACGUCCUCAGCUCGAAGAAAGUCUUGAUCUUGACUCCAUCGCAAAUCAUUUCUGAUCAGCUCGCCGCCGAUUUCGGCCGUGGGGAAGGGACUCAGCCAUUUUUCGUCAAGUCUGGCAUGUUUAAGAGAGCUGAAUGUAAGAAACUGCUGGAGCCCUUAUUCCUCGCCAGGUCAACCAGAGACGUCGUCGACUACAUGGAAGAGGGCAAUUUGGUGAUUGUGAAUGCUCAGAAAUUCGCGGGGAAAGCUGCUAGCAGCGUGAGCAGUAAGUCGUCACAAAGGCAAAUCAUCUUAGACAAGCUGGAGCAGUUCGAUACCAUCAUUGUUGACGAGGCGCAUCACUACCCGGCCAAGACGUGGGAGGUCAUCGUGAAUUCAUUUAUGGGCAAAAAUAUCGUCUUUUUAACGGCUACACCUUAUCGCGGAUCGGAUGACAAGGCGUUUAAGCUACUUGGAGGAUUGGAGGUUGUCUAUGAAAUUCCGAGAAAUCGGCUGGAGGGAGUGACCAUCCGACCAACGGAGUUUAGCGAAAAACCUGCCGUUUCAGAGGUGCUGAAUGAUCCCAAAUUUUUAGAACAGUUAGGUAAGGAUAUUGCCGAGAUUCUCGGCAAACAUGAAGGCCAAGAACGACGGGAAAAAUCACCCCAAGCCAUGAUUCUCGUGGGAGAUACGUAUCAAGCGAAAGAUGUCGCAAACGGACUGGGCGAAUGUGCCACGUACAUUAUAGCUGACAAAAAUCGGGACAAGAAUUUGAAAGACUUCACCAAGGGGGUGAAGAAGAUUGCCGUCGUGUGUGGCAUGUGUCGUGAAGGGUACGACAACUCAAACGUCACACUGGUCGUGUUUCUUCGCAAGUGCCAGUCCAGCGUGCUAUUUGAGCAGUUUUGUGGCAGAUGCAUUCGCAUGCAUCGCGGACUUAUUGGUAAAAACCCGGACAAGACGGUGGCCACCGUGCUGAGCUACAAGCAUUUCGAACAGAGUAAGAUGUGGGCGGCGAGGGAAAAACGGGCGGAGGAGGAUCCCGUGGAAGAGGAGGAGAACGAGGAUGGCGAAUAAUGUGUGUACGAAUUUUUGCAAAAUUUUAUCUUUUGGGGUUGGUUAGAUAGUAACAUUUGAACUCGUUUUUCAAAAUUAUUUAGGUUAUUAUUCAAGGUUAAGUUUCAUAUGACUCGUGUGAAGUCAGUUUUUCUGUCACUUUUAAAUACUUUUACUCUGUAGUGCACUGUAUUGCUCAUGAAAAUAAAUUCCACAAUUAUGCAAC